AUGGCCUUAAUUUCCAGAACCCACAACGGGAGGCCUGGCACGGAGCAUGCGUCCCCCGACCGCGGUGCCCUGCAGUGCUACUCCUGCGAGGCCCAGGUGAGCAACCAGAACUGCCUGCACGUGAAGAAUUGCACCCACUCUGAUACCCAAUGCUGGACCCAGCGCAUCCGUGCCGUUGGCUUCCUGACCGUCAUUAGCAAGGGCUGCACCUCGCACUGUGUGGACGACUCCCAGAACUACUACUUGGGCAAGAGGAACAUCACGUGUUGCUCCAGCGACCUGUGCAAUGCCAACGGGGCCCAUGCCCUGCAGCCAGCUCUUGUCACCCUGGCGCUGCUCACUGUUCUCGGUGGCCUGCUGCUCUGGGGCCCUAGCCGGAUGUAG